AUAAACUAAUUUACCAAAUAUAUCAAUUAGUAGGCGGUUUCCCGGAAAAAAUGUUAUCAUCAUGUAUUAGUCAUAACAUAUUCUGUCACAUGAUUGGUAGUAAGAGCUUCCAUUUGUAUUUUUUUAAAUUGGGGCGUUUCAAAUACUGGUCGUUAUCUUUAAGUGCGUUGUUUCAUCCAUUAUUUAUUUCAAAGAAAUUGUAUUACAUGGAUACCAGGACUUUGAUCUCAUUCCAGACUCAGGGCAGGUCAUAUAAUUUUACAGCACUAUAACAAAUGUUAAUCAUUAGGGGUUUAUAUUUGGUCGUCCAUUAUUUCGAAUAGAUUUUAAACUCGUAUCAAAUGUAUACCCGUACAAAGGAAUACUACUAUUAAUUUGCCUAUUACUAUUUGUUACUAUAUAAUCAUCAGUUUGCAUUAUUUUUGCAUUAGUAUUUCCUUUUAAAACUCUACCACUGUCCAUUAUUGAUUUUAAUUUCUUUAUUAACAAUUAAUAACAAUAAAAACCACUCUUUUCUCUACCUCUCUGUAACGAAAGUUUUAAUUUUUUGUCUUAACAUAGAUCAAAUAGGUGUAUAUUUGGCAUGUAAAAUAGCAUACUAUGUCUACUUAUAUAGUGAUGCUUAUUGUAAUGAAACCUUAAUGGAAUACUAACAACACUAAUCAUUCAACGUGUAUCUAUCUGUCUUAUUAUCCCACAAAUCUUUUCCAUUAUCUCGAUACAAUCUCAUUCGAAUGCUUUGGCGUUGCCCCAUUUUUGUCUCUGUCUGUCUCCAUCCUCCCUUUUUCAGUUUCCUCUCUCUCUCUCUCUCUCUCACUCUCACUCUUUUCGCAUCCCUUCUCCCCUUCCUGCCUCUUCCUCUUGUUUAAUGUUUAAAUAGUAUGACCUAGUGUGCGGAGCAGAAGAUCAAACCCAAGUAUCCCAAUCGGUAUUCUACGCCGGGUAUUUAGCCGGUUCUAUCAUCAACGGAGUACUGGCCGAUAUAGUUGGACGAUGGUGGAUACUUAUGGUAUUGAUGUUAGUCCGGCUAAUCACGGGGAUAGCUAUAGCAUUCUCACCCAACUGGUGGGUCUUCACUGUCCUGCGGUUCUUCCAGGGGUAUGCUGCUAUCUCUCUUUAUAUCAUCGCCUUCAUUGUAGGAACCGAGUUUGUCGGGCCAUCGAAACGUAACGUCACCGGCAUUAUCUUCGUCAUCCCUUUUGCUCUCGGCAACGUUUGCCUCGCGGGCAUCGCCUACUUCGUACCAUACUGGAGGACUUUAGAACUUAUUUGCGUCUCCCCGGCACUGAUCUACAUUGGCUUGAUGUUCUUUCUUCCGGAAUCAGUGCGUUGGCAAAUAUCGAUGGGAAAGUAUGACGAGGCUGAGAAGGCUCUAGUGAAGAUUGCCAACUCGAACAACAAGCCCCUUUCAAGUCCAUUUUUCAGCAGUGAAUUCAAGAAGGAACAAAAGACCGCACCAAAGGAGAGACGAGCUACAGGAAUUGAUUUAUUCCGCCAGCCUCGAAUGAGACUACGAACCAUCAAUCUUAUCUUUACCUGGAUGGUGAAUGCCACGGUGUACCAUGGUCUAUCACUAAACACCUCAAACCUCGGUGUAAACGACUACGUCGCCUUCGCAGUGUCAGGAGCCGUCGAGAUCCCCGCUUACCUUCUUGCUGUGGUCGCUGUAGAGAUCAAGUUUAUUGGACGAAGGAUUAGUCUCAGCGUGAGCAUGUUGGUCGGCGGCGUCGCUUGCCUCUUUACAACCUUCAUACCACCCGGAGCAGCACUUACAUCAGUUGCAAUGAUUGGUAAAUUUGGAAUUUCGGCAUCUUUUGCCAUCCUGUAUCUCUACACCGCGGAGCUGUACCCAACCAAUAUCAGGAGCGUGGCCAUGGGAACCUGCUCGAUGUUUGCACGUGUCGCCGGCAUCCUGGCGCCCCUUAUACUCACACUGGCCAAGGUUUGGACUCCACUACCCCUCGUCAUCUACGGGUCCGUCUCAGUGAUCGCUGGCCUCCUGACUCUCUUCCUCCCCGAAACAUUAGGCCAGAAGCUCCCCGAAACGAUCGAAGAAGGCGAAAAUUAUGGAAUGGAAUCUGACGAGAAGAACACCCUUUCCGGUAAAGAUGGCGUCUACAUUCGCUGCCAGGAUGAUGAAGAGGUCACCAUCAUAGAUUAAUUUAAUCCUUUAUUUAAUUUUCAAGAUGAGAAUGACCUCGGCAAACGGGAGAAUGACGUGCGAGACGAUCUACCUGAAUAACCCUAGAAAAAGUACUUUUGCCAAAAAGCGUUGUACAAAACGAUAAAUCGGAAUGAAGAAGUACUGUAAACAUUUAGCAAACACAUUCGAUAAUUAAACGUAAUGGGAAUGUCAAUAUCAUAUUGUGCGUCCAACAUAUAUCAUGUUUUGGGUGAUGUGUUACGUUAUUGUCAUGUUGGCUGCAAUGUUUACACAUUUUGAAUAAAUGACGGAGGAGCUUAUCAAAAUUGCUCAUAAACAGUUGUAUUAGGUGGGUUUUUUCGACAGUCUUUGCAGUUGUCUGUGUCUAUUGAUAUUGCACUGUUACGCUGUUGCUAUUGAGGGAACACCAUCUUUGCAUGAAUUUUUAGAUCCCAUUCCCUCACAUUGUUUAACUAGAGUUGUUAACCUCUCGAUGAAAAUCAGUUUCUUUCCCCCACAGUAGAAUUAUAUUCAUACGAAUUUUAAAUUGGAUAAUUUCCAUUGGCUGAAACAAAACAUGGAAGGCUGAAACUAUGCUAAACACAGCGAUUAGCAGUGUGGAAAUACUCUUCAGAUCAUAGAAUUCAUGUCCUUCUCCCCGAACAAAAAUUUGUGAAUUAAAGUUUACUCUCGUAGAAUCCAAACAAAGAUGGCAUAAUUGCCACAGUACAAGAACCGAUCGACCGACCACCUUGUUGACAAGGGGAAAACGUAUUAUCUCUCCUUUUCUCUCUCUCACUCCUCUCUCUCUCUCUCUCUAU